AAUACUUGGGGGGAGUUCAAUGUUAUCUUUCAGCUUUCCCAUAACCAAAGACAAUCUCUGUACAGGAUCUGAAUUUAUAACCUUUUGCAUGAGAACUUUCCUGCAAUGUAGGGAAUUUAAAACGUGUAGUGUAUUUGAGAUUUUAGAAAAUAUGGGAUUUCCUCACAUGAAAUUGUAAAUAACUUUGUAGCGUACGCAGUUACAGAAUGGCUGUAGAAACUGUGGCACAGAUUUCUCUGUACAAUUAGAAGAUAAAUGUGUUGAUUUGAAGGAAAGACGGGCAGACUCUGGGGUCAGUGCUCAAAUGAGUCUCUCUGGGAAGAGAGAGGAGGGCCCUGCCUCUAAUACGAGUCUCUCUGGGGAACAUGACACCAAAGCUAAGAGUCCAAUCAAGCAGGUGAGACCAGCCUCCCCUGUACCCAGCUGUGUGUCCAUGAAGAGUGACCGGUCUAUGUUUCGUCCUAUACACUUUAGAGAGGGAGACUUUUCUACUGAACAAAGGUACAAGGACAAGGUAUCACGUCCGGAGAACAGGUCAGGGUUCCAGAACCUCAGGCAGACCAGCGGAAACUGGAUCCGCAGCACGAUAAGACCAAUCAAGCAGGAGAGACCAGCCUCCCCUGUACCCAGCUGUGUGUCCAUGAAGAGUGACCGGUCUAUGUGUCAACCUCUACACUUUAGAAAGGGAGACUUUUCUACUGAUCAAAGAAACCAACAGGAGAGAUCAGAGUCAGAGAUUCUCAGUGGUCAGUCUUCCCAGAGUCAUCAAACAGACCUGGCCUCCAUAUUCAGUUUGCUUGAAGAGAAUAUUAUGACAUUUGUGAAGAACGAGCUGAAGAUGUUCAAGAGGAAUCUUAGUCCAGAACUCCCAGAAGGCUUUGUGGUGGAUGCUGAAGAUGAGAAGCAGGAGAGCAGUGCCAGAGAUGGGGCUCUGAAGAUCACACUGCACAUCCUGAGGAAAAUGAACCAGAAGGAGCUUGCUGACAAACUGGAGAAAAAUGAGCUUGCUGUGAUUUGCCAACGUGAACUCAAAUCUAAUCUAAAGAAGAAGUUUCAAUGUGUAUUUGAGGGGAUCGCUAAACAAGGAAACCCAACACUUCUCAAUAAGAUCUACACAGAGCUCUACAUCACAGAGGGUGGAACAGGAGAGGUCAAUAAUGAACAUGAGCUGAGACAGAUUGAGACAACAACCAGGAAACAAGCAAGAAAAGAAACUGCAAUCGAAUGUAACGACAUCUUCAAACCCUUAACUGGACAAGACAAACUUAUCAGAACUGUGCUGACAAAGGGAGUCGCUGGCAUUGGAAAAACAGUCUCUGUGCAGAAGUUCAUUCUGGACUGGGCUGAAGGAAAAGCAAAUCAGGAUGUCCAAUUUGUAUUUUCAUUCCCUUUCCGCGACCUGAAUUUGAUGAAAGAGGACAAACACACUUUAAUUGAACUCCUCAAUCACUUCUCAAUGGAAACCAAACAAUCAAAAAUCUCCAACUUUGACAAGUACAAAGUUCUGUUCAUCUUUGAUGGUCUGGAUGAGUGCCGACUGCCCCUAGACUUCCAGAAGAACAAGAUCUGUUGUGACGUCACAGAGUCAAGCUCCGUGGAUGUUCUGCUGACAAAUCUCAUCAAGGGAAAUCUGCUUCCCUCUGCUCUCCUCUGGAUAACUACCCGACCUGCAGCAGCCAAUAAGAUCCCUUCAGGGUGUGUUGACCAGGUGACAGAGGUACGAGGGUUCAAUGACCCACAGAAGGAGGAGUACUUCAGGAAGAGAUUCAGUGAUGAGGACCUGGCUAGCAGAAUCAUCUCACACAUAAAGACAUCAAGGAGCCUCCACAUCAUGUGUCACAUUCCUGUCUUCUGUUGGAUUUCUGCAACAGUCCUUGAACACAUGCUGAAACAUAAGAGAGAAGAGAUGCCCAAGACUCUGACUGAGAUGUACACACACCUUGUGGUGUUUCAUACCAAACAGAAGAAUGAAAAGUAUCUUGGGAAAGAAGAGACAGGUCCCCACUGGAAUAAAGAGAGCAUUCUGUCACUGGGAAAACUGGCUUUUCAACAGCUUGUGAAGGGCAAUCUGAUUUUCUAUGAAGAAGACUUGAAAGAGGCUGGUAUUGAUGUCAAUGAAGCCUCAGUGUACUCAGGAUUGUGCACACAGCUCUUUAAAGAGGAAUGUGGGCUGUACCAGGACAAGGUGUACUGCUUUGUGCAUCUGAGCAUUCAGGAGUUUAUGGCUGCUGUAUAUGUGUUCCUAUCAUUCAUCAACAACAAUGAGAAUCUAAUGGACAAACCUCAAUCAACGUCCAGGAAACUUUCUGUGCUGUUCAGAGACAAGCAUAAAGUUACUGUCUACAAGAGUGCAGUGGAUAAAGCCUUACAAAGUGAGACGGGAAACCUGGACCUUUUCCUCCGCUUCCUUCUGGGCCUCUCACUGGAGUCCAAUCAGAAGCACUUACAAGGUCUACUGACAAAGUCAAGAAGCAGCUCACAGACCCAUGAAGAAACAGUAAAGUACAUCAAGGAGAAGAUCAGGGAGAAUCCCUCUCCAGAGAAGAGCAUCAAUCUGUUCCACUGUCUGAAUGAACUGAAUGAUCAUUCUCUAGUGGAGGAGAUCCAAAGCUACCUGAGAUCAGGAAGUCUCUCUAGAGACAAAUUGUCACCUGCACAGUGGUCAGCUCUGGUCUUUGUGUUGCUGACUUCAGAAAAGGAGUUGGAUGUGUUUGACCUGAAUAAAUACUCCAGAUCAGAGGAAGGUCUUCUGAGGCUGCUGCCAGUGGUCAAAUUCUCCAGAGUUGUUCUGCUGUCAGGCUGUGGAGUCACAGAGGAAGGCUGUGCUUCUCUGGUCUCAGCUCUGAGGUCAAACCCCUCACACCUGAGAGAGCUGGAUCUGAGUAACAAUGACUUGAAGGAUUCAGGAGUGAAGCUGCUCUCUGAUGGACUGGGGAAUCCCCACUGUAAACUGGAGACUCUGAGGCUGUCAGGCUGUCUAGUCACAGAGGAAGGCUGUGCUUCUCUGGUCUCAGCUCUGAAGUCAAACCCCUCACACCUGAGAGAGCUGGACCUGAGCUACAAUCACCCAGGAGACUCAGGAGUCAGACUGCUCUCUGCUGGACUGGAGGAUCCACACUGCAGACUGGAGAAACUCAAUGUGGAACAUGGUGGAGAGAACACAAUGAAACCUGGGCUUAGAAAAUAUGUCUGUGAUCUCACACUGGACCCAAACACAGUAGACAGACUCCUCUCUCUGUCUGAGGAGAACAGAAAGGUGACAUGGAGGAGAGAGGAGCAGCCGUAUCCUGAUCACCCAGAGAGAUUUGAGGUCUGUAGACAGGUGCUGUGUAGAGAGGGUCUGACUGGUCGCUGUUACUGGGAGGUAGAGUGGAGUGGUAUAAUGGGGUCUGAUUUAGGAGUGACAUAUAAAGGAAUCAGCAGGAGAGGAUGGGGAGAUGACUGUUGUCUUGGAUGGAAUGACAAGUCCUGGAGUCUGACCUGCUCUGACAACAGUUACACUGCCUGGCAUAAUAAGAAACCUACCUACAUAGACGUCCCCUCCUCCAGCUCUCACAGAGUAGGAGUGUAUCUGGACUGGCCAGCCGGCACUCUGUCCUUCUACAGAGCCUCCUCUGACUCACUGACCCACCUGAUCACAUUCACCUCCACAUUCACUGAGCCCCUCUAUCCAGGGUUUAGGAUUUAUAAUGUUGACUCCUCAGUGUCCCUGUAAAUAAUAACCUGACACACACACACACACACUGGACUCACACACACACACACACACACACACACACACACACACACACACACACACACACACACACACACACACACACAUUGGACAGUCACACACACACAGUGGUCACACAAACACAGUGGACACACACACACACACAGUGGACACACACACACUGGAAACACACACACACACUGGAAACACACACACACACACACACACACAGUCUUGUAUUUGUAACCAUUUUAGGACUCCUCACAAAUACAUACCUUUUGAGGACCCUGCUUUCCAGACAUCAUAGAAGCACAGAAAUACACUCAAGAGUUAGAAAACACAUAUAUUAUGAGGAAAUCACCUAAAGCGACUGACUCCUGGAAAAAAAGUACACUUGAAUUUUACUAACUACUUGAGACCGUACAUUGCAUUGUAAUGCAUUGCCAUCAGCCAUCGAGAGAGUGCCUCCUAUGAAAUCUAUAAAAGCUAUCCAACUGCCUACGUUGUACCUAAUUGAAGCGUAAAAUCAUUAACAUAAAAUAAAUUCUCUAUAUUUGA